AUGGAUGAUGCCGAUGUGGCUGAGACGACAAGGCUGUUGCCGCCGGAGUCCGUCACCGAAAGCCCGCCGGAGGAAACGUACGGGGUCUUCUUACGAAGACAUUCUUCUUCUUGCCUUCCCUCUUAUUAUGACAACGAGCCCGUAUUGGACGGGCCAGACGAGCCAAGGUCGGCGCUGACGAUCUGGACCAUCGUUCCUGUAUCGCUACUUGGCGUCUUUGUCGCCAAUCUCGAUGGAUCUCUUGUGGUGGCCUCGAGCCAACAAAUAGCAUCCGAGUUCCAUUCUCUGUCUCAGGCAUCAUGGCUGAUUACCUCGUUCGUCCUUGCACAAUGUGCCAGCCAGCCAUUGUACGGAAAACUGAGUGAUAUCUUUGGCCGCCGAAGUAACCUCACUGCCGCGUACGUUUUCUUUGCAACAGGAUGCUUCCUCUGCGGCAUCAGCAGAGCCUACUGGCAAGUCCUGGCCGGUCGAGCUAUAUCGGGCAUCGGAGGAGCCGGGAUGGCAGCACUGGUAUCCAUCAUCAUUGCUGAUGUGGUGCCAGUCCGAGAAAUAGCGAGCUGGAGAAGCUAUGUCAAUGUCGCUGCGACCGUGGGAAGAGCUCUCGGCGGCCCCGUGGGUGGCUGGCUUUGUGAUAUGGUAGGUUGGAGGUGGUGUUUUUAUGGACAGGUACCUCCGACGCUGCUCGGUCUCAUCCUCAUUCUGUGGAGGCUGCCAAACAGACCGUCUAAAGAGCAAACCCUGGAAGAAGAUGGGUCCCUCUUACAAAAAGUGACAAGGGUGGACAUGGUUGGUGCUUUCGUGCUCGCCGUGGCAAUCAGCAUCUUCCUGCUCACUCUGCACUUUGCGAACGAAAACGUAUCCCUAGUCAAUAUCCUCGUCUUGGUCGUGCUGGGUAUCAUUUCGGCCUUCCUGUUCUACCUCAUCGAGCGCCGGUGGGCCAAAGAACCGAUAUUGCCUAUUGAACUCGUCACGAAACGAGCUGCUCUGUCGUCCUACAUUCUGGCGGGCUUUCAAUUGGCGGCGCAAUUCAGUCUUUUUUACUCAACGCCGCUCUAUUUCCAGAUUGUGUCUGGCUCCAGUGUCGGCGACUCCGGCCUUCGACUUGUUCCUGCCGUUGCGGGGAAUGCCAUAGCAGGCCUCUUGUCAGGAUACGUUAUCUCCCAGACAGGCAGAUAUAAACUUCUGACGAUCCUGUCAAAUCUCGCCGGAUGUGUGGGUUAUGUUUUGGUUCUCCUGCGCUGGCGUGGGAACACCAAUUGGGCUGAGACGCUGUAUAUAUCGUUUGGUGGUUUUGCCUCAGGAGCAAAUCAGUCUACGACCUUCAUUCAUCUUGCGGCUAGUUUAGAUCCGAGUGAGAUUGCAAUUGCUGGUACAACACUUUAUCUGUCUCAAAGUCUGUUCCUCCUUGUUGGGAUCCAGCUUGCCACUGCCGUGUUGCGCGCACGACUAAGGAUCAAUCUCAACACCUCAUUGAAAGGUAUCAAGCAUCAAGCAAAGAUUAUCGAGUCGGCCAUCUCGAGCGUUGGAUCUGUCAGGAAACUUCCGCCACACGUUAGAGAAAUUGUGAUUCAGGCAUACGUUGACGGACUCAGCGGAACCUUCUGUAUAUCUGUAAUAUUUUCCGUCUUGGGUCUGGUGGUUGGAUUAUCACUCCAAGAACGCAGACUAUGA